AUGUUACAAGCCCAUACUCUCAAAAUUCCUCCAGGGAUCAAACCAGAAGAGAUUGAGGAUAGAACAAGAAGCAAGACAUCCUUUGUUCAGCAGAAAUAUCCCAAGCAAUGGUACCAGCAUAGACAACACCAUGAUGUUUGUGGCAAUCCAGAAGUUGACAAUGGUGGUGUAGAAGGUCCAAGCAGUAUAAAUGGUG